CUAGUAGGCUAUGACGCUGCGGCCGGGACUGUGCCGGGCGGUUGCCCUAGUGGUACUUCUCGUUUUUACGAUUGUGAGCCGUUCGGACGCUUCGUGUCAAGGGGGAUGUCCGAACGCCUACAAAUGCGAUUGUUCCGGUAUAAAGGGCCGACCCGGCUCGGAGGGAAUAAGGGGUAUGGCCGCCAUGGCCGGCGACUAUGGUGACCAAGGUUUGCCAGGUCCUGUGGGACCGAAGGGAGAGAAAGGUGCCGUCGGUGAAUACGGAAGCGAAGGUGAACGCGGUCCUAGAGGUGACAUGGGUCCUCAAGGUAUGGAAGGUUUGCCAGGAAGACCGGGUGCCGCCGGAGAGACUGGUAUGAGGGGACCUCCAGGUCUUGACGGCUGCAACGGUACCGAUGGCGCUUACGGUGUCGAUGGACAAGUGGGUAUACCUGGAGAGAGAGGUGCACCUGGUCCAUUGGGUAUGAUCGGUUUGCCCGGUGAACCUGGUGACGGUGGCGGAAACUCCAUGGGCAUAAAAGGCGAUUAUGGUGAAGUUGGUAUUGAUGGAGAAGCUGGUGAACCCGGUAUAAGAGGAUCUAUUGGAUUUAAAGGAUAUCGAGGCCCGCCAGGACAAUCGGGUGUGACUGGUGAAGCUGGUCCUAAAGGAUUUCCAGGUGAUGCCGGAGAAACGAUAUACGGUAUUAAAGGUCUUAAGGGAGAACAGGGUCCUCAGGGAAAACCAGGUCCUUCAAACUCUAUUAUGCCUCCUAGUUACCUAAUUCAUAAAGGAAUUAAGGGUCCAAAAGGACAAAUGGGUGAAAGAGGUGUUCGUGGAUACGCGGGACCCAGAGGAGAUCUAGGACGUCUCGGUAUUAAAGGUGUGGCUGGACCACAAGGUCCAAGAGGAGACCAAGGCUUAGAUGGCCCACAUGGAAAGCAAGGAAAAAUUGGUCCAGCCGGUCCAGCAGGAGAAAAGGGAGAUAAAGGUGCCCCCGGAUAUGCCGGAGUUGAUGGGAUUGAUGGAGCCAAGGGUGAAAUUGGUGAAGAUGGACAACGUGGAUUACCUGGUCCUCAAGGAUAUCCUGGUCCUCCUGGAAUCUACGACCCUACCUUAGACGAACCUGCCAUGCCUGGUAGUCAAGGAAGACAAGGACCUGAUGGGCCAGUCGGUGAACGUGGAAUGGCUGGUAUUCCCGGUAGGCCAGGUUUACCUGGACCAUUAGGUCCUCCUGGAGCCCCAGGGCCCAGAGGAUAUCAAGGAGCACCAGGGCGAAGAGGUACUUCUGUAAAAGGAGAAAGAGGAGAUGAUGGUUUGCCAGGCCUUCGAGGAAACUCUGGUCCUCCUGGUGUUCCCGGAGAAGUGGGUGCCAUCGGCGAGAAAGGUUACAAAGGUGAAGACGUUAUUGGGCCCCCAGGUGAACCUGGAAUUCCUGGUAACCCUGGAUUCGAUGGACCUCCGGGAGAUAGAGGAGAUACUGGUGAUGAUGGUCCAAAAGGUUAUCCUGGUACAGGAGUACCCAAACGUGGACCUCCAGGGGAAAAAGGUUUGAGAGGUCUACCAGGUCUUCCUGGAGACGAUGGUUAUCCUGGUGCUCCAGGUCUUGAUGGUCUCAAGGGAAAACGAGGAGAUGAUUGUGGAUAUUGUACUCCAGGAAGCCCCGGGCCCAAAGGUGAAAGAGGUGAGCCGGGUAGAUUAGGAAGGCCUGGUACAACUGGUUAUACCGGUAUACCUGGUCACCGGGGACCGAAAGGUUUGCCUGGCCAACCUGGCCCGGUAGGUCGUAAAGGUGUAAGAGGAGCACCAGGUAGCGCUGGACAAGAAGGCAUUCCUGGACCGAAGGGCGCAAAAGGAAUCUUAAUAUAUCCACCACAAAAUCAAACAAAAACAGAAGCAGGAGACCUUGGCGAUUGGGGUGUUCCAGGUCUUAUGGGACCAGAUGGCCCAAAAGGUCCUAUUGGUUCUGUAGGUGCACCUGGUUUCUUGGGGUUAAAGGGUAUUCGUGGAGACGAUGGAACUCCUGGACGUGCUGGUUUGCCUGGUUUACCUGGUUUACCAGGUGCAAUUGGCCAAAAGGGAGAACCUGCAUUAGGCCCAAAAAUCUUCUAUAAAGGAGAAAAAGGUCGCAAAGGACCCAUGGGAGAUGUGGGAGAACCUGGUCUAGAUGGACGGAGAGGAUAUGCGGGAGAUUCAUUUGCGCCAAAACAUAACUUGAAAGGAGAUGAGGGAGUACCUGGUGUAAUUGGUGAACCAGGACGUGUAGGAAGACCAGGACCUAAAGGUUUCAAAGGAGAUCAGGGAUACUUCGGACCACCGGGCCGACCCGGUUUGGCAGGAAUUAGCAUCGAUGGACCUGUUGGAUUUAAAGGAUUUCCGGGGUACCCUGGAGAUGAAGGUCCAAGAGGACCAGCUGGAAAGGAAGGUACUAUGGGACUUCCUGGAGUGUCUGGCUUAAGAGGUCGCAAGGGAGAUCGAGGAGAACUUGGAAAAAGUAUACUAUUUGGAGAAAUGGGUACUAUGGGUCCAACAGGAGAAAAAGGAGAUGUUGGCGACUAUGGGCCAGAUGGACUACCUGGAAGACCUGGCUUUCCUGGAGUCAAAGGUGUGAAGGGCUCCAAGGGUGCCCCAGGUUUUGCUGGUGCUGAUGGAAGAGAGGGACCAAAGGGUCAGCAGGGUGUAUCAGUACCUGGCUAUCCAGGAUUAGAAGGUCUCCCAGGAGCUAAGGGUGCGCAAGGACGCUUUGGUUUGAUUGGAGAAAAAGGAGACACGGGUCAAAUGGGAUAUAUUGGUGCAAAGGGAGCUAAGGGAGAUUCUGGACUACAAGGACUUCAAGGCUUCCCUGGUGAUGAAGGUGAACCUGGUUUUCCAGGACGUAAAGGAUUUAAUGGAAGGCCAGGAAUUCCUGGCUUACCAGGGGAAAGAGGUGACAUCGGAUUCCGAGGACCACAGGGAAUAUUUGGACCUAAAGGAGCUCUUGGAGAAGUUGGUUUCCAAGGAUUAAGAGGAGAUACCGGAUUUCCAGGACAGCCUGGUAUAAUGGGUGAACCAGGUCUGAAGGGUGAACGGGGAACUCCUGGUAUUCCGGGAUUGGAUGGUCAGAAAGGUGAAGCGGCAUUUAGUGGAGAACAAGGAGAAUCUGGAACACCUGGACCACGUGGCGCACCCGGUCUUGAUGGUCUACCUGGAUAUCCCGGACCUAAAGGAGAAAGUGGUACUCCUGGUAUUGAUGUAAUUGGUCCUAAAGGAAUAAAGGGAAUACAGGGCGAGCCUGGUAUAACUGGAAGAUUUGGAUAUCCCGGUGAAAAAGGAGAAAGAGGAAUGAAUGGAUUACCAGGAACGAUAGGUUUACGAGGUGAAAAAGGAUUUAGAGGCGCAGACGGUACUCCAGGUUUUGAUGGUUUGCCGGGAAUAAAAGGCCAACUUGGAGAUAUUGGUAUUCCUGGAAGCUUAGGUCCAAAAGGAGAAGAAGGUAUGUCGGGAGAACCUGGUCCCAUGGGUCGUCCCGGUAUUGUUGGAGAUGUCGGAAGCAUUGGGCCACCAGGGCCAUUUGGAGAUCAAGGUCCGAAAGGAGACCGUGGUUUACCAGGAUACCCGGGAUUUGGUUUUGCUGAAAAAGGAGACGUUGGAGAUAUUGGAAUGCAUGGUUUUGAUGGAUUCAAAGGACAGCGUGGAGAUGUAGGAUAUCCUGGUCCGGUGGGAAUUAAAGGUGAAAGGGGCGAUGAUGGUCUACGUGGAUUAACUGGUGAACCAGGAUUUCCCGGAAUUAAAGGAGAAAAAGGUGACUACGGUCUUCCGGGUCAAAAUGGUUUACCUGGACAAAAUCCAGAAAGAGGAGAUGAAGGACUCCCAGGUUUCCCUGGUCUACCGGGUAUUCCAGGAAGACCAGGCCAAAAAGGAGCUCCUGGAGAAGUUGGUUUGAAUGGUCCAGAAGGUAUCCCAGGAAUGCCCGGUUUGAGUUUUCCCGGUGAAAAAGGAGUUAGGGGUGACGUUGGAUUUGCCGGCAGGCAAGGUCUGGCUGGCGAAGAAGGAGCUCCUGGAGUUAGUGGGCGACCAGGAAUUGAUGGUGCCAAAGGAGUGCGUGGAGAUUACGGUUUUGCAUCGGAUGCACUCAAGGGGCAAAAGGGAGAAAUCGGUUUAAUUGGUUUACAAGGUUAUCCUGGAUUGAAAGGAGAGCGUGGUGAGCCAGGCUUAGACGGAUUACCCGGACAACAAGGUUUACCUGGAUGGAAGGGUCAGAGAGGAGAUCGCGGAUUACCUGGAUUUGAUGGACCACCGGGACCAAGAGGAAUAAAGGGAGAAAAGGGAGACAUCGGAAUGCCUGGACUUCCAGGAUAUGUAGGUUUGCCCGGAGAUGCUGGUCUACCUGGUCUGCAAGGAGAACGUGGAUAUCCUGGUAUUCAAGGAUCUAUUGGAUUACGUGGUAGAAAAGGAGAACGUGGUGAAAUAGGUCUAAUUGGAUUGACUGGAUACAAAGGCAUCAAAGGUGAAAGUGGUGACAACGGUUUUCCGGGAAGAGAUGGUGCACGAGGUUUACGAGGACGACAAGGGCCUCCUGGAGAAAACGCACCCCCAGCACCUGGACCUAAAAGUCGUGGAUUUUACUUCGCUCGACAUUCCCAAUCAGAAAUUACUCCUCAAUGUCCACUAGACACUAUUAAAUUAUGGGAUGGAUUCUCUAUAUUGAGUACUGGUGGCUCUGAAAAGCCUCAUGGACAGGAUCUAGGAGCUGCUGGAAGUUGCUUAAGGAAAUUUAACACCAUGCCAUUUUUGAUGUGCGAUGGUGAAGCAUGCAACUAUGCGCAGAACAAUGAUUACAGUUACUGGUUGUCUACAUCGGAACCCAUGCCUGCUAUGAUGACGCCCAUUCCUGCUGCAGAAACAACUAGAUAUAUAUCCAGAUGUUCUGUGUGUGAAGCAACUACUAGGGUAAUGGCUGUACAUAGUCAGUCAAGUGAGAUUCCAGAUUGCCCAAAAGGUUGGGAUGAACUUUGGAGAGGAUACAGUUUUCUUAUGACUAGUGACAACGGCGCAUAUGGCACAGGCCAAUCUCUUGUAUCCCCAGGAUCAUGUCUUGAAGAAUUCAGACCGAGUCCAUUUAUUGAAUGUCACGGCCACGGAAGAUGUAACUAUUACAAUUCAGCUACGUCCUUCUGGUUGGCAAUUAUCCAAGAGAGUGAAAUGUUUAGAAAACCACGUUCCGAAACCCUUAAGGCUGGCGCCUUGACCAGCAGAAUCAGUAGGUGUUCUGUAUGUAUCAGAAGCCGCAUCGUUCUGAAUCAACAAAUUCCACCAAGCCAAAUUAGCAAACAUCCUUACCAACAACCAAGUGGUUCGCAAUACGGACAACAGGGAGGUGUUUACCGACAGGGUGUAUAUCAGUAUGGCCAACAGGGCGGUAGCUAUCAACAAGGUGGCUCUCAGUAUGAACAACACGGCGGUAGUUACCAACAAGGUGGCUCCCAAUACGGCCAACAGGGAGGUUACCGAAAAGUAAGCGGUGGAGGUUAUUCUUCAAGUGAACAAUCCGGAAAUCAAGGCGGAUACAGAGGCGGACAGACCGGUUGGUCGACUUAUCAAUCUGGAGAGCGGUCAAGUGAGACAGGAAGGAGCCAACAAGGAGGCACCCAAUUCGGAUCUAGAACAUCCAGACCGCAAUGGCAGAGAUCUGGUAGCUACCCACCUUUCACCGAGUCCCAAGCAAGUUAUGGUCAAGGUGGACAGAAUCUGGAAGGUCCAAGAAGGGGAGAUCAAUCAAGUUAUAACUACAAACAUUUGCAAGGUGCCCCUAGAAGAAGAAUUCGUCCAAGGCCCGGCGGAUAUUCGUACAACAUAAAUAGAAAACAGCCUGUUCCCGCCUAGUGAUUUUAACGUGCCAUAUAAACUACUUUUGUAAUUAUAUGUAUAGUUAAUUUGUACAAUAUAUUUUUGCAGUUACUGCCCUAUUGCGUCGUAUAUCUAGCGACUAUUCGAUAAAACGACUUAUCAAUAGUUUUUAAGUAUCACAUCCUAUAUUUUAUGAUAAAAACGGAUACUUAAAUAUUAUUGAUGUUAAUUUGUUAUAUCAUAAAUUAGUCAUUAUCACUAUCAAGGUGCUAACUUAGAUGUAAUUUAACUUUAAGCUUGUAUAAUUUAUGUGAUUUGCUAUGAGAAGAAACAUUAAACAUAGUCACUGCCAGAUAAUCUAUUUUCAUAUUGUAAUAAUUAAUUUGAAAUAAACGAACCUCUUAUUCUUU